CCCUGCGCGGCGGCGGCGGCGGCGGUAGCGGCAGCGCUUGCUGCCCGUUUCCUGCUGGCCUGGCGGCGGCUGGUGCCGCUACUGCAGCACUGGGCGGGAGGGAGAAUGCGGCGCAGGUCUCGGCUGAUGCUGUGCUUCGCUUUCCUCUGGGUGCUGGGCAUCGCCUACUACAUGUACUCGGGGGGCAGCGCCGCGCUCGCCGGAGGCGGCAGAAAGGAUGACCCAAAUAAUAUUAAUGCAUUAAAAAAGAAAGAUCAGCACAGUAAUCAUGGAGAUGAAAAGUCACAAAGCAUCGAGACCUUACCUCCAGGGAAAGUUAGGUGGCAAGACUUUGACCAGGAAGCUUAUGUUGGAGUUACUAUGGUCAAAGCUGGUCAAGACCCAUAUGCCCGUAAUAAGUUCAAUCAAGUAGAAAGUGAUAAACUGCAAAUGGACAGAAGUGUACCAGAUACUAGACAUGAUCAGUGUCAGCGGAAGCAGUGGCGGAUUGAUUUGCCAGCUACGAGUGUAGUAAUCACCUUUCACAAUGAGGCACGAUCAGCUUUGCUUCGAACAGUUGUCAGUGUUCUCAAAAAAAGUCCAUCACAUCUUAUCAAGGAAAUCAUAUUGGUAGAUGACUACAGUAAUGAUUCUGAGGAUGGUGCUCUCCUUGGUAAAAUUGAGAAAGUGCGGACACUUCGAAAUGAUCGUCGGGAAGGUUUGAUGCGGUCUCGUGUCCGAGGGGCAGAUGCAGCACAGGCUAAAGUACUGACAUUCUUGGAUAGUCAUUGUGAAUGCAACGAACACUGGCUGGAACCUCUUCUAGAGAGAGUAGCUGAGGACAGGACCAGAGUUGUGUCUCCUAUAAUUGAUGUAAUUAAUAUGGACAACUUCCAGUAUGUGGGAGCAUCAGCUGAUUUAAAAGGCGGCUUUGAUUGGAAUUUGGUAUUCAAGUGGGAUUACAUGACACCUGAGCAAAGAAGAGCACGGCAAGGGAACCCAGUUGCCCCCAUAAAAACACCAAUGAUAGCUGGUGGACUCUUUGUGAUGGACAAACUUGAUUUUGAAGAGUUAGGAAAGUAUGACAUGAUGAUGGAUGUAUGGGGUGGAGAAAAUCUAGAGAUUUCAUUCCGUGUAUGGCAGUGUGGUGGGAGCCUAGAAAUAAUCCCAUGCAGCAGGGUUGGCCACGUGUUCCGGAAGCAACAUCCUUAUACCUUCCCAGGAGGAAGUGGUACUGUUUUUGCAAGAAAUACACGUAGAGCAGCAGAAGUCUGGAUGGAUGAAUUCAAAAAUUUCUAUUAUGCAGCAGUGCCUUCAGCCAGAAAUGUACCUUAUGGCAAUAUUCAAAGCCGAAUGGAGUUGAGAAAGAAACUUAACUGUAAACCAUUCAAGUGGUACCUUGAAAAUGUAUACCCUGAGCUAAGGGUACCCGAUCACCAAGAUAUAGCUUUUGGGGCCUUGCAACAAGGAACCAAUUGCCUUGACACUUUAGGCCAUUUUGCAGAUGGCGUUGUUGGCGUUUAUGAAUGUCAUAAUGCUGGGGGAAACCAGGAAUGGGCCUUAACAAAGGACAAGUCAGUGAAACAUAUGGAUUUGUGCCUUACUGUUGUAGACCGAGCACCUGGCUCACUCAUAAAACUUCAGGGCUGUAGAGAAAACGAUGGUAGACAGAAAUGGGAACAAAUUGAAAGCAAUGCCAAACUGAGGCAUGUGGGCAGUAACCUGUGUUUAGACAGCCGAAAUGCCAAAAAUGGUGGUCUGACGGUUGAAGUUUGCAAUCCUUCGCUAUCUCAGCAGUGGAAGUUCACACUUAAUCUACAACAGUAGUAGGGCUUGCACAGAAGUACUGUCCCAUUUCCUAAACCUUGGGCAACAUUUUGAUCGCAUUACUGAUACUUUAUAUACCUCAGUAUUUCAUCUUUGUCUGAAAGUAGGUGACAACAACUAAAGUGAAGAAAAUGGAAGCAAGUGAACUGGGGACCCUGCCGUUGUCUGAUCGAAUAUAGCUGCUGCACAGCUCACUCCCUUCUAACGUAAAGGCUUGCCAGUUCCUUUCCAGCAUCAAGCUAUUACUUACACAGCAGAUGAAUACCAUCUCUAUGAACAACAGAUGUACAGUAGAAAACUCCUUUUGGUAGGGAGGGAAUAGUUGGGAAUGAAGUAAAUUGCUUGGAGAAGAUCAUUGGCAAUCUCCAUUUUACAUAGAAAUCAGUGUUUGUGGUUUCCAAAAAUCAAAGCAUCAUUUUGAAGGUUUAGCCAUGUGUACUUGGUAUAUUUCACCAUGGACUUUUCUAUGACAAGACUCUAAAUAUAAACAUUAUAUAUGUUUAUAUAUAUAAAUAUAUAUAUAAAAUAUAUAUUGUCAAAAUUUUCAACUUUCUAUCGGUUUUUCAUCAUCCUGUAAUUUAUCAACAAAGCAAUUUAACGCUUUACUGGGAAAUGGACUGGACAGUUGGUGGAAGAACAAAACUUUGCGAAGAUGCAGGUUUGUGCUGCUGAGUUGUGUUCAUGCAAACACUGGAUGUUUCUGCUUUGUAAAGUGUGCCCUCUUUUUUGCACUUCUUCCUCCUGGGAAAUGUCGGACCUCUGUAGAGGAGGGUGAUGAAAUGGCAGAAAGGAGCUCGCACGCUUCAUCUCACCAGCGUUAUCACCUCCAGUUGGGGAAUUCAUGCCAUGUGCUCUGGAUAUCUGUAACCUUGGUAUUUGUGUUGGGCAAUUUUAGACUACCUUGUCUUAAAAAUAGUUUGGCCUUUUUAAAAUAAUGCAGCUGUGAGGGUUUAGUCUUUAGGUUGUAUUCUUAUCAAUUCUGUUUUCUUUUUCUCCUCUUAAAAAGUUGUCUGACAGAUAACACAAGAUCACAAUAGCCUUCUUAUGGAAGCAUGAGCAGCUACCUAAUAAAUAUCAGCACUGAAGCUGUUACGCAUUAGCUCUUGGGGUAUCAUGGUUUGGGUUUUCUCUUUUCUGUCCUUUUUUAAAAAAACUGGUGUUUCAAACAGGGCUGUAGGAAAAUAUUCUGAGUACGUUAGAAGCAGCCAUUUAAAUCUGACUGCUAUUUUUAUAUCAAAAUAAUGUCAGAGAUGACUCUUGACAUCUUUGCCUGGGUGUUUUUUUUUGGUGCGUCGACUUAUUAAAAUACAGCUUAUGUAAGAUUUAAAAAGUAAAGUGAAAGCAGCAUUCAUAAGCUGCGAUUACAAAGGCAAAUUAUUAUACAAUCAUGUCUUGACAGUGUUCUCUUCUAGCUAUUAUAAGUUUGAAAGUAUUCCAUAAACUGCAUCUUCCCUUAUAGCUACAGUAUUUGCUGCAAAAUGUAGACAUCUUUCCAUUCAUAUAAAGGCUUUGGUUUUGCAGUAGUUAAAUAGGCCAAUGAACAUUUGGAUUUAUAUGGCACAUUUGUGAUCUCUGCAGGUACUAUUUGGGAUGUCCUGUGAAGGCUAUAUGGUUUAAACCUACAGUGCUUUUUCCUUGGAUGGGGAUUUGUGCAUAUAAUCCUCUUCCAGCCCAAAUUUCUCUCCUCCCUACUAAAACUUCCCAUGUACAGCCUAUUUACAUAGGAACUUGGCAGCAGAAAUAGAGAAACAUUGGGUUUGUAUGUUCCAAGAUUUGUUUUCAGCAACCCAAGGCUUAAGAUGAAGAAAAUUGGUAAAGAUGAAGAUAGCGAUACUAAAACACUUUAAUAUUUGGGAAUAUGCAUUCAACUAUACAGCCAACUGGUUAUAAUCCAGUGCUUCUUGGGAAAGAACUUGUGGGGGUCGGGGUAAGCAAGUUAAAAUUUAACCUUUUUUUCUUGUAAUUCAGAAGCUAGCAGGCAACCCAAAUGCUGUUUUGUGGAGUUGUGGGAGAGUGCUGUCUUUACUGUUACCAAAUCAGAUUUGAUAGUAAGAUUUCUUGAUGUCUCCCCAAUCAAGAAAUGCUUAUGUCAGCUAUGUAUUGUAAAAUGGAAUACAAAUUCUAGAGAUCCUGUACAGACAGUAUCUCCAUAUUGAGACUGUAAAUUGUGGGUGAUGGAGGGGAACAGGAAUAUGGUAAUGUGAUGUUAGCUAUGUUUACAUGACACAGUGUGCCAAAGUUAUUUACUGUGACUUCAUCCUUUUUAAGGUCUAUGGAUUUCAGGUGCUAUGCACCAAGGACUGCUAUUGCACAGAUCCUCUGUCAGUGGGUGUACUAAGGAGCACUGUACAGAUCCUUUGAAAUUGAGGGUGUGCAGUUGCAAGCAGUGAUAGAAAUAGCCAAACCCUCCCCCACCCACCACUCACCCCAGCUUCUUUUAUAAUAAAUUACUAGGAAACUUGGAAACAAAUUGCAAUGUCAUCUCUGUCUAACCUUACCUUAGCUUCUUCAAAGCAAAAAUUAUGGUGGUACAUGUGAAUUUCAUUUUGCAAAUUAGGUAUAGUUUGGGAACUGUCAUUUCAGUUGGAUCUUUAAAAUCUGCUGUACAGCGCUUGUACUUUGUUCAUUUUAUAGAUGGAAACCAUCCUUGAAAAAAACUGUUUGUUUAACUUAAGAAAAUAAAUACUUUAUAGAUAAGAUA